AUGUUUGGUGUCGAAGGGAAGCCGAUAGAACCACCCCAUUGCAAUAGCUCUCCUUUGAACAAUCCACAUAAUGAGAAUGGAGUCUUACAAGGAAAUGGAGCCUCAAGACCAGAAGAGAUGUCUUUCCCGAAUGUUAAUUGUCUUGGCAGACAAAAUUGCGAUGAUGGAACCGAAUGUGUUGGGUCGCCCAACAACAGUAAUGUAACGGCAUCAACGAAAGAAGGGAAGAUCGUAAAAUUUAUGUUCGGAGCGUCAGUCCGCAGUGGAAUACGAACAGGAACGAUGAUAUACGAGAACAACCACUCAAUAGCAAUGAGAAUCCAAUCGUUGCAACCAUCCUUGGGGCCACUGCGUCGAGUCGGUGCCUUGGCGGGCAAUGCAUGGACGAAAGAGAAGCCUAAGACACCAUGUCGUCUUGUGGUCCCUAACGUUUCAUCUGUCAAAGCAAGAAUUCCGGAAACCAUGUGUAAUGUGCCAAAGGGUGAAAAUCAGGAUGAAUCUCGAGAAGACUGCUACGGUCGUGUGUUCGAAUGGGAGUCAAUGGAUGAUGUUUUAUGGUCAUUUGGGGAUUAUAGAAAUGAGGCGACAAUAGAGUCUCGGACUAGCCGUUUAAUAUGGGUUGUAGAGCUCGAUGGUAUUGUUGAAUUUGAGGACGUUAAGGAUGGAGAUCUCAAUAAGCUCAAACCGCUUGGUCUACAGACCAUUGCUUUACCAAAAAAAUUGCCUCAACUUGUUGAAAAUGGAUUAAAUCUGUUAAAUAUCAGUUUAGACACACUUGAUCCAACUAAAUUUGAAUUGAUUACUGGCUUGAAUCAAGUCAUCAAGACAAUCGAUCAGGCAAUUUCGCUCGGACUACGCCCGAUGAAGGUCAACUGCGUCGUAAAGCAUGGAAUAAAUGAUCAGGAGGUGGCGAUCGAUUUGUCGACGUCAGUCUCGGAUAACACACACGAUACUUCGAAAGCCUAUUACGUUCCUGGCUUUGCAGGUCGAAUAGGUUUCAUCACUUCAAUGUCCGAUCACUUUUACGGCACAUGUAAUAGACUACGUAUCACUGCUGAUGGUAAUUUAAAAGUGUGCCUCUUUGGAAAUACCAAAAUAAGCCUGCGUGAUUUGACGCGACAAAAUGUGUCCGAGAAGCAACUGUUGGAAAUCAUUGAAAUCGCAGUCAGAAACAAGAAGAAACAGCACACAGCGAUCGAUAUAGUGUCUCAUUCGCAACUACAACCAACAGCCGUAUUAUCAGCUUCACCUAAUACUCGACCACUUUACUUCCCUCUACACUUUCAACCGUCCAAAUAA